AUGAGUUCAAUCGACACACAUGUUUCACAUUCUUCUCGUCAGUCCUCAUUCGUUAAGCUUGUAAAACAUCAAGUCGUCCUUUCUAAUCAUGCACCCCCUAUAUCCUCUCUUUCAGCUGUUAUAUCUGCUCCUAUACGUAGAUUAUCAUGGAAAAAGAGCUUUACUGCAAUAUUAACUCGAACAUCGAACGAUGAUGACAAUAGCAGCUCUUCUACUUCUUAUUUCGAAGAUAAUGAUGACAUUGAUGACGAUAACAACGACGACGACGACGACGAUGAUGAUGAUGAUAUAUCACCUCGAACUUCAAUAGGUUCUAAUGAAGAUUAUUCAAUCCUAAGAGUCACUGGAUAUAUUCAUAAAAGGAAAAAAAAGCCUUCAUUUUCUUCAUUACCAAAAGAUAUUGAAUUUGCAUAUAAUAUAAACUCUUCACAGAUUUCUUCAAUUACAUCAAACGAAGAAUUCUCUUCUUCGAAUAAUCAACAUCCUCGAAGACUAUUUCAUGCUUAUAAUAAUGGAGAUGAAAGAGAAUACGAUAGACAAUUAAGACAACAUUAUGUAUUGAAACAUGUAUUACAGGGGAAUGUUCACGUACCAAUAGCAACUGAUAAGCCUAUUACUAUAUUGGAUUCGGCUUGUGGAGCAGGAUUUUGGACUUUAGAUAUGGCUCAAAGUUUUCCAAAUGCAAAAGUCAUCGGAUUAGAUGCUGCUUUCUCUUCAACAACAGCAGCCAUUAAUAAUAAUAACAAACAAAUAAAAAGAUACACUACAAACACAGCUACUACUACUACUACUACUACUAUUACUGCUACUAUGUGUGCCCCGAAUAUUGUAUAUAAAUACGGUGAUCCUACUACCCAUUUAUCACUACCAGAUAAUUAUUUAGAUAUCAUUUUUCAACGUGAUACAUUAUCUAGUAUACCGCAUGAAUGCUGGCCGUUCCUUCUCAAUGAAUUAAUGAGAGUUGCAAAACCUGGAGGUUCUAUUGAACUAGUUGAAUACGAUUUUCAUAUAAAGAAUCCUGGACCUAUUUUAACAUUAAUUAAUGAAUGGUAUAAACUCGUUUCUACUUCAGUGGGAAUUAAUUCUAAAAAAACAAUAAUGCAUUUAAAAAGUAUGCUAGUUUCGGCUGGGUUUCAAAAUAUUGAACAAAAGAUUAUCUCUAUUCCAAUUGGUGAAUGGCCAACAGAAGAAGAUGAAAAAGAAAAGGGAUUCCUUUAUAAGCAUGUUAUUAAAGCCCUGUUUAAAUCAAUGAAGCCUUGGUGGAUAUCAGAGUUAGCUAUAUCAGAAGAAGAAUAUGAUAAAGUGAUACAUGCUGCUAUGGAUGAAUUUGACAAACAACGUUGUUCUAUUGAUUGGGUUAUCUAUACGGCACAGAAGCCAAAAGAAAAAAGGCACAAGAAGUGA